AUGGCAUCUACAAGUGCGGAUUCCCAAUCCGCUAUAGCUCAAAAAACAUGGGUUAUGGCGAACAAUAUGGAAACUGUAUCCAGUGUUGAUGAAAUAUACCGCUAUGAUAAAAAACAACAACAGGAUAUACUUGCAGCAAAACCAUGGGAGAAGGACCCCCAUUUCUUUAAAGAUAUUAAAAUAUCAGCAUUAGCUCUGUUGAAAAUGGUUAUGCACGCUCGAGCUGGUGGUACAUUAGAAGUUAUGGGAUUGCUCUUAGGUAAAGUAGAUGCUAACACAAUGAUAGUGAUGGAUUCAUUUGCGCUGCCUGUAGAAGGGACCGAGACUAGAGUGAAUGCCCAAGCUCAAGCCUAUGAAUAUAUGACUGCUUAUAUAGAAGCUGCUAAGCAGGUUGGUAGACAUGAAAAUGCUAUUGGCUGGUAUCACAGCCAUCCCGGUUAUGGUUGCUGGUUAUCUGGUAUUGAUGUCUCUACUCAGACUCUGAAUCAGAACUUCCAAGAGCCUUUUGUGGCCAUUGUAAUUGAUCCAGUAAGAACCAUAUCUGCUGGUAAAGUGUGCCUUGGUGCAUUUAGGACUUACCCCAAGGGUUACAAGCCUGCAAAUGAAGAGCCAUCUGAAUAUCAAACCAUACCUCUUAAUAAAAUAGAAGACUUUGGAGUUCAUUGCAAACAAUAUUACUCACUUGAGGUGUCAUACUUCAAAUCUUCCUUGGACCGAAGAUUACUAGAUUCCUUGUGGAAUAAGUAUUGGGUGAAUACUUUGAGCAGCUCCAGUCUAAUUACCAACUCGGAUUAUACAACUGGACAAAUAUUUGAUUUAUCAGAUAAGUUGGAACAGAGUGAAGUCAGCUUAGGUCGUGGGGGCUUCAUUGUAGGAGGGGCCGAUCCACACGAAAAGAGAACAGAAGAUAAGUUAGGCAAAGCCACUAAAGAUGCUUGUAAAACAACCAUCGAAGUGAUCCACGGUUUGAUGGCGCAAAUGAUCAAGGACAGGCUGUUCAAUAGUGUCAGCGGAAGACCAGCUCCUGCCACACCUAUGAUAGAAUAA